GGCCUUAGAUUUUCGGGCUCGUCGGACAGGGUCGCCGCCUGCUUCUCACAUACUUCUUCCAUUCCUGCGCGAACCAAUUGAGUAUGAUCCACUUUCUGUGUCUCUAUCUUUCUGCGCAUUUUUUUCUUCCCACUCGAGUCGGUCUCCAAUGACUUUUUGAAGCAAGGUUGGGGGUGGAAGGAAGCCCCAUGUGCCUCUUCUUUGGGUACCGUCUUCUUCGUUCGUUGAUUCUGAGAGUCUGAUAGAAGAAAAACCUACUACGCCUCAUUAGUGGUAGUUCCUUUUCUUGGGGUACCGAUGGGUUCUUCCUCUAGCACUCGGAGGAGGAACGAUCAGGUCCCCCCUCCUCGUCCCUUUCCUCCACCAAUCACGACGUCUUCUUCUUCAAUACUUCUUUUGCCACCACCACCGCCACCUCCCCCGCCCCCGCCGCCGCCGCCACCACCACCACCACCAUCAUCUAGUCACGAUGCGAAUUAUCCGGCUCCACCACUGCCCCCACCGCCCUUACCUUCUUACGUUUGUGCUGCCAAUACACCGUAUGCUCCACCCUACGCGCCCAAUUACCCGAACUACUCUCACUAUUCACGCUUUUCGGGUGGUUAUUCUCUUCCAUAUGCGGCGUCCGGGCAAUCGGGCCACCCUUACUAUAUGAACCCGCGAGGCGUGUGCCCGUACCCUCAGCCCGUCCCUUCUUACCCUGGUCCGCCACUACGACCGCCACCUCCCUAUGUGGAUCACAACAAGGCGACAACCAUCAGGAAUGAUGUUAAUUUGAGGAAGGACACGAUCCGGCUAGAAGUGGAUGAGCAGAACCCCGAUCAUCAUUUGGUCACCUUCACCUUUGACUCCACCGUCGACGGAAGUUUCACUAUCUUCUACAUGGCAAAGGAAGGAGAAGAGUGUACCUUCGAUUCUCAAGAGCCAGAGGUUUAUAAGCCUGUUAAGGUCCCUUUCCAGAAGGGCGUUGGUCAGAAAUUUUGCCAGGCAUCAGGGACUGGCAUCGAUCUUGGUUUUUUUGCGCUAGAUGAUCUCAACAAACCAUCACCUGAUGAAGUCUAUCCUCUUGUUAUAUCAGCAGAGGCGUGCUCCCUGCCCUCUGGUACUAAGCCACACGCUCAGAUCACUCUGUCAGUCAUUGAGAAGAAGGAAAGUGAGCAAUUCCUGGUUAAGGUCAUCAAGCAAAUACUAUGGAUAGAUGGCGUCCGUUAUGAAUUGCAGGAGAUUUAUGGCAUAGGCUCAUCAAGUACAUCAGAGUUUGAUGACGACGCAGGAAAAGAGUGUGUAAUUUGCAUGUCCGAGCGAAGGAAUACCGCAGUAAUGCCUUGCCGACACAUGUGCAUGUGCAGUGAAUGUGCAGAAAUAUUGAGGCAUCAAUCAAAUCGGUGUCCUAUAUGUCGUAAUCCUGUUGAACAACUCAUGGAGAUAAAAGUGUAAGGUCGUUCGUUGAUUGAACAUGGUGAAUAUUGCAUGUGUUUGUUCUGUCUGUUACUAUUCUUUUAUAGGUCUGAUGUCUCUGAGUUGUAAAUAAUAUAUCAGAUUUAUUGAAAUUUGCCAAAGAGCAGCACUGGUGCUGUUUCAAGUAGAAUACCAGAUAAUGGUGGGCAGCUUUUGAUGAUUCGGUUUCUUUGUUUACCAGCAAACUUAAUCAAAACGAGAAUCCAUAUUGUUUUAUUAUAUUCAAUAAACGUGAAAUAAUUAGGAAAGGAAAGUUUAUAUGCUUGAUUUACGAAUA